AUGAAGAAUGAAUACGCCUUGGAUCAGAACGGCACCAAAGAAAAGUCUUGGUCAAACAACGGAGACGUGUGGACCGUGCCCACGGCAGAAGAGCCCCGAUUGGACAAACAUGUUCCACCGCGGACUUCUGGAUUUAGAAAAUACUACCAGAGCCUCCAGAGCCUCAAACCCAUCCGCUUUUCCUCUCCCGAGUCGACCCCACAAGACAAUGCCGGGUUUCUGUCCUUCACCACCUUCGCUUGGAUGACUCCCAUUUUGUGGUCGGUUUUCCGGAAAAAGCUGGAUGUUAGUUCGCUGCUGCUCUCUCCAUAUGACACGUCGGACGUCAGCACGGAGAGGAGUGACCUGAGAGAUGCUGAAUGGUUGAUUGGUUGGGUGGUUGGUUGGUUGGUUGGCUGGUUGGGUGGUUGGUUGGUUGAGUGGUUGGUUGGUUGGUUGUGGUUGAUUGGUUGGGUGGUUGGUUGGUUGGUUGGUUGGUUGGCUGGUUGUGUGGUUGGUUGGUUGAGUGGUUGGUUGGUUGGUUGGUUGGUUGAUUUGUUGGUUGGUUGGGUGGUUGGUUGGGUGGUUGUGGUUGGUUGGUUGGUUGGUUGGUUGAUUUGUUGGUUGGUUGGGUGGUUGGUUGAUUGGUUGGGUGGUUGGGUGGUUGGUUGGUUGAGUGGUUGGUUGGUUGAUUUGUUGGUUGGUUGGGUGGUUGGUUGGUUGGUUGAUUUGUUGGUUGGUUGGGUGGUUGGUUGA